UACGACUUAUACAAUUCUUUACACAACACGUUGGCAUAGUUUUUAAAUAUCUUUUAAUAUUAUUAUAUUUAAUAACCUUCGGUGUCAACCGUGUCAACAUAUUUUGGCAGCCAUAUUACUUUUUAGCAUUUUGGACCAAUUCCUGAUUGGUCGAAGAGCGAUCAUUACUUUGGACGACUGCGCAUUCACGGCAAUGGUACACCUAUCUUCUUACAUCAUGGCUAAAACGAACAAGCCCUGUGUAUGUGUGUACUUUUGUUUAGCUGUACAAGAUCGAGAGCAAUUGAGAGUUAUUACGCUGCUGUUACAUACUGGUGUUUAUCUUCGGUAUUUUGUCAAAAGAUCUCGGUAGCAAAAGCGAUAUUUGUAGCAGUAAAUGUUUCACUGUGUUCCACGUUCAAGAUGGAUCAAAGGGAUCGUGAAAAGAUAGAUAAGUGCUGUGAAGCCGUUGUAUCUAAAAUUGAUAUGACAAAACUCAUGCCAAACUUGCUGAAAUAUAAAGUUUACAACAGAGAUGAUGUAAAUAUUCCACGAUGGAAUAAGAAUAUUACGGCACAAGAAACAGUCAAAGAUAUAUAUCUAACAAUUAAAACUCGAGGACCAAAUGCAUUUAAAAAUUUAAUUCUUAGUCUAAGACAGUCUGGUCAUGGAAUUUUAGCUGAUGUAUUAGAGGGAAAGGAUAGCAAAAAUGAUAGUACAAGCUUAAGGCAGACCAACCAUGAAGCUGCAGCUAGUUCAUUGGAAGGGAAAAACAAUAAUUUAAGACAAGAGGAUCAUUUUGUGAACCAUUCCAUUUCUGAUGUAUUUGUGAUAAAUCAGUCUGAUGAACCCUUAAAAAUCAAAUUAAUCAAAGCUACAGAAUUUUUGGAUCGUGAAUAUGACAAUGUUGAGCGAUAUCCCAUGCGAAGUAAACCUCGUGGAAUAAUUUUGAUAAUCACGAAUAUUUAUUACAACUCAUCAGACGAGAAACCAAGACUUUCAGCAAAACAUGAUGAAGAUAACUUGAAAGAGUUGUUUGAAAAAAUGGGUUUUGUUGUUGUUACCAGGCAAAAUCUGACUGGACAAGAAAUAAAAAACACAGUCAAAACAUUUUCAAAGAGAGAUGAUUUAGAAAAGGUUGAUUCAUGUUUUGUAAUUAUUACAAGUCAUGGCACAGAAGACAAGGAAAAUAAUACGGAAAUCCAGGGAACAGAUUACAAUGCAAGUGGGCAAGCAAAUUAUGAAAAAAUAUUGUGUACAGAUGUCUGUGAUUACUUUACAGUAGAAGCUUGUCCGCAACUUGCGAGAAAACCAAAAAUAUUUAUUUUUCAACUUUGUAGAGGAAAGAGAAUACAGAAAGCUGUAGCUUACUCUAGAAUCGCUACAGAUACAUGUGCUUUUUCAAAUGGGAAAACAGAUGAAUCCAAUAUCGAUAUACCUCGUAUUCAAACUACAAGAAAUUAUUCAGAUAUGCUUAUAGUUCAAUCUACUUUGCCUGGAUAUGUGGCUCAUCGAGACACUGUAACUGGCAGUUGGUUCAUACAAAUUCUUUGCAAAGUAUUCAUGAACCACGCUCAUAAAAAUCACGUUCAAGAUUUAUUUAGUAUGAUUGAUGCAGAAUUGGAUCGUCUCAGAACAAUGCACAACGAGUGCCAGACAUCAUGUGUAGAGUCAAAGGGAUUUAAUAAGCAUUGUUAUCUCAACCCUGGUCUUUUCGAGAAAUCGUGACAACGUUCUAAAAAGAGAAAAUUAUUAUGUAAACGAUAGUACGCAAUAUUUUCAUACUGGUUGACUACGAGUGUCUUGAUGCCCGAUUUUGACUUUCAGUGCCAUUAUAGAAUUUUUCUACUGUAAACGAUUUGUAAACAAUUUGUAAACGAUUACAAAUUUUAGCACAUAAAUUUUUAUAUACAUUUUAAAAAAGUUAAUCAUGUCCUUAUCCGUUCUUUUGUUCCUUGAUCUCACUAUGAACAUGAAUGCUUGAUUUGCAUUUGUUUAUUGAAAAAAGAUAUAUAUCUAUUUUUUUUUUUUCCAAUAGAUGCACUUUAAGCAUUACUUAUAUUGCUAGCAAGAUGACCAUAUAUAUACAUAUUGCUUGCAGAGAAUACUUUGUGGAAGGACAUAGUUUAUUAUUCUUAUACUAUGCAAAUUUAAAGGGAUUUAUUCCGAAUAUCGAGUAACGUUGUAUUUUAUGCAAUCUUUUGUGCUACUAUAUUCAGGUCUUAUCGCGACAAUGCCUAAACAUUCAAAGGAAGACGCGAGUACUGUUUAAAUGUAUACUUUUUAAUAGCUUGUGUUCCAAUCUUCGUACAGAUAUAAUUAUAAACAAUCCACUUAACUAUACUAAAUUUAAUUUGAUCACUUCUUUACUCUUUUUAUAAGUGCUCUAAUUAUACAAUUGGCAAAAUUACAUGCAAGCUUGUCUACACUGCAUAACUUUGUAACGAAAUCUAUGCAGCAAAACCUUCAUAAGUAUAUUAUGCUCGUAAAAUUUUAUGAAGCAAAUGCUGGCGAAAUUCGGGAAAUCAAAUAAAAUAACGAUUCCGAAGGACUUGUAGGACCUUUCUAAAAAAUUGCUGUUUUUUUUCAUCUUAAGAUUAACUGAUAUUUUUUGUACGUAUUAAUGACAAAAGUUAGCUACAUAGACUUAAAUAUAUGAAUAAGUUAAAUGUAUUCUACAUAAUACUAUUUCGAAGAGAUUUUAAGUGUAGAUAUAAUCAUAGCUUUAUUCAUAGUGCCAUAA